CUCUGUGGAGGAGGUAUACUAGGUUCUGUUGGCUGUGUUGUUCAUGUGCGGUGCAAUUUUGAACAAAUCGUAAGCAUUUUGUACCAGUCGAAACAUUAUUACUACAAAAUUUUGUUGAAGCAUUGUGAGAGUUUGAAAUUGAGUGAGUCAUUACCAAAUUCAAAAUGUAACGUCACUAAUUUUGAACAUCGAAAUUGAGUCAUUCUAAGUGGGCAAACUUCGUAUUUUAAUACUAAUACCUUGCAAGCUUGCAUGAUUUGUGAUGCUUAAAUAAUCUAUUUAAUUAUUAAAUUUCAUUAUUCCGAAUAAUUUUAUUUUCUAUGAUCAGUGAGUGUUUUUUUCAACUUGAGUGUGCUAAGUUUACUGAUAACUGUGUAGUGUGUGCAGACGUCAGUGUGCACUGUGCACUAGGUAGUGUUAAGCUGCUCUUAAAAGUUAAAGAGUUCAGGUUUUUAGGUUUUCAUCUGUGAUUCUGUGUCAACGGUAUUAUAUAUAACUCACACAGAGUGAGAUUACUGAUUUAAAAUGAGUUUUGAUGAAGAAGAUACUCCUACUUCAUUUAAAGAUCCACAAGAAGAAGUGAGAUACUGGAAAAAUAAGGCAGCUUCAUUCAAGAAAAAAUAUGAAGACAGUCAACAGGAGUUGGAGGAAUAUCAAUCACACAGCGCUGAGCUCGAGUCCGAACUCGAGGCAGAACUCGAACAAUCACAAGCCAGAUGCUCUGAACUGCGACACCAGGUGGCAAAGCUAGCCACUGAAAAUGAGAAUCUCAAGGAGCGGUUAUCAAGUCAGUCGGCGGCGCUGAAGUCGCGCGAGCGGAGCGGUUAUCAAGUCAGUUGUCNACAUCAGCCACAACAAGAGGCACCACAACAACAGCAUCACAUCAACGGUGUUAAGAGCAUAUCAACAGCAGCUGUUGGCAACUCUUAUAUUAUUGACAGCAAUAAACUCGUGGCCUCCGACGCGCCUUGUAAUCUCGACCAAGUAGGCGACAACUCUAAGCCAGGAGAUACUCCCAUGACUCCAUCAGCUCGCAUCAACGCUCUUAAUAUUGUUGGUGACCUGCUAAGGAAAGUCGGGGCGCUGGAGAGUCGACUUGCUUCCUGCCGCACUCUUGUUAAGGACAACCAGCGACCUGUGACUCUGACCUCUCCUUCAGGCAACCCUUCAGCCAGUGGAGAUUACCUGAUGCUGGAGUGUGGUCUCAUCGCUGGCAUGGAGCUACAGCGUGCCGCCGCUGCUGCUGCUGCUGCCGGUCUUCCCCAAGCUUAGACCUGUUGCAUCAUUCCUGACGUUUCCUUCUAUGCAGGGAAAUGUUUUCUCUCUCCGCUGUCUUCACUAUAAAUUAUACAUAUAACUGAGUGUCAUCAUUACCGGUCUUGAGGUUAUUAUUCUGUUGUCUAAAUGAAGCUCAGGACCAUAUUUUAAUUAGCAUACUAACAGCUGUGAAAAUUUUAGGGUGUUACUCGUUAAAUAUGUCUUCUCUCUCUGAAAUCUUCACUAUAAAUUAUAUAUUGUCAUUACCGUGUCAUCAUUACCGGUCUUGAGGUUAGUAUUCUGUUGUCUGAAUGGAGCUCAGGACCAUGUUUUAAUUAGCAUACUAACAGCUGUAAAAAUUUUAGGGUAUUACUCGUUAAAUAUGUCUUCUCUCUCUGCUAUCUUCACUAUAAAUUAUACAUUGUCAUUACAGUGUCAUCAUUACCGAUCUUGAGGUUAGCAUUCUGUUGUCUAAAUGGAGCUCAGGACGAUAUUUUAAUUAUCAUACUAACGGUUUUAAAAUACUUUAGGGUGUUACUCGUUUCACGCAAAGGUAUUAUUAUGAGGCAGAUGUAUUCCCUAGAGCAAAUAUUGUAGUUAAUUGAAGCUGUACACGAAUUUUGUAUAGUUACUUCCCUCGCCCCGUGAAGAGUACUUCUUUCUUCCUUCAACUUCCAUAUUUGGUUGGUUAUUUACUCAUCGGACAUUUAUUAUUUCUCAGUUCAUGAACGUUUCCGAGUCAUUUUUAAUUGUAAGUACAAUUCUGAAAUCUUAUUGUUCCUCCCUAUAGUGUACACGUGUAAUCCAAAAAUAAACUGAAAAUAUCGAUUUAUGA